UUGAUAUUUAAUGUAUUGUUCCAAGAUUCGCCAGGUACGUUUCGUCUUCUAAAUAUCUCGGUUAAUCAAAUUAGGGGUUUUCUUGGAGAAAGAUGAAUUUCAGAAGCUUUGAGGAGUUCUGGCCAUUUUACGUGAUGCAACACUCGAAUCCAUCAACGAGACGAUGGCACUUCAUGGGUAUAAUCGCGAGCAUCGUGGCUUUAUUGUGUUCGAUUCUGAUCAGCCGGUGGUUCGUGGCUCUGGUGCCUCUGUUUGGAUACGGGUUCGCGUGGUACAGCCACUUCUUCGUGGAAGGCAAUAUCCCGGCGAGCUUUGGGCACCCGGUUUGGUCGUUUCUCUGCGAUCUCAAGAUGUUUAGUCUGAUGCUCACAGGAAGCAUGGAGAGAGAGAUGAAGAGGCUUGGUAAGAGACCAUUGUCGCAGCUCUCCUGAUAAAUAAAAAAAUUGCUUGUCUAUACAACUGUUAUUCAUAAUGUUUGUAUUUAACUCAGAUCUUAAUCACAUUAUGGCAUCUUCUCAUCAGUAUCAUUAGUUAUGUAAUAAAAACAAUUAUAGAAACAUCCUAAAAUCUUGCAACUUGUUAGUUCAAAAUGGACUCUGAAGACUU